AAAAGGUAGAAGCGAGGAAGAUCACAAGUUUGCCAGCUGCCGGAUGGGUCAGGGCGCUCGUGUGCUGCCCCCAUCCAUGCAUGCACACACCCAUCACUAGCCACACCAACAACGUUUUUUGUUUAUCAUUCAUUCGAUCUCGCCAGCUUGAUCGACCCUAGCUCCCUAUAUAGUACUGCGAAAUCUGCCAUAGCAGGAUAGAAGGAGAAGCAACAGUGAAGAGAUACGAGAAGGGAAGAGAGAUCAUCCGAUCUGAAGAGCGGAGAUGGCGUCCGAGAAGGUGGAGACGGUGGUGGCGGGGAACUACGUGGAGAUGGAGCGAGAAGGAGGCGACGGCGAGAGAGGAGGCGUCGGACCCGGUGGCGGCGCCGGCGCGUCGUCGGGGGGCAGAAGCAAGCUGGUGUCGAACCUCUUCUGGCACGGCGGCUCCGCCUACGACGCCUGGUUCAGCUGCUCGUCCAACCAGGUGGCGCAGGUGCUGCUGACGCUGCCCUACUCCUUCUCGCAGCUGGGCAUGGCGAGCGGCAUCGCCUUCCAGCUCUUCUACGGCCUCAUGGGGAGCUGGACGGCGUACCUGAUCAGCGUGCUCUACGUGGAGUACCGGACGAGGAAGGAGCGGGAGAAGGUGGACUUCCGGAACCACGUCAUCCAGUGGUUCGAGGUCCUCCAUGGCCUCCUCGGCAGCCACUGGCGGAACGUCGGCCUCUUCUUCAACUGCACAUUCCUCCUCUUCGGAUCCGUCAUCCAGCUCAUCGCGUGCGCCAGCAACAUCUACUACAUCAACGACUCCCUGGAUAAGCGGACAUGGACCUACAUCUUCGGCGCCUGCUGCGCCACCACCGUCUUCAUCCCCUCCUUCCACAACUACCGGAUGUGGUCCUUCCUCGGCCUCCUCAUGACGACCUACACCGCCUGGUACCUCACCGUCGCAGCCAUCGUCCACGGCAAGGCGGAGGGGGUGACGCACUCGGCGCCAACCAAGAUGGUGCUCUACUUCACUGGGGCUACCAACAUACUCUACACCUUCGGAGGGCACGCUGUCACUGUUGAGAUCAUGCACGCCAUGUGGAAGCCGCAGAAGUUCAAGCUCAUCUACCUCAUGGCCACGCUCUACGUGCUCACCCUAACGCUGCCGUCCGCCUCUGCCGUUUACUGGGCCUUUGGCGACGCCCUCCUCGACCACUCCAACGCAUUCUCCCUCCUCCCGCGCACCCCUUUCCGCGACGCCGCUGUCGUGCUCAUGCUCAUCCACCAGUUCAUCACCUUCGGCUUUGCCUGCACGCCGCUCUACUUCGUCUGGGAGAAGGCCAUCGGCGUGCACUCCGACAAGACCACGGUGCUCCGCCGCGCGGCGGCGAGGCUCCCCGUGGUGGCGCCCAUCUGGUUCCUUGCCGUCGUCUUCCCCUUCUUCGGGCCUAUCAACUCCACCGUGGGUUCACUCCUCGUCAGCUUCACCGUCUACAUCAUCCCCGCGGCCGCCCACAUGGCCGUCUUCGCGUCGCCCGCGGCCAGGGAGGGCGCCGUGGAGCGGCCGCCGCGGUGGGUCGGAGGUUGGGCGGGCAUGUACGCCGUGAACUGCUUUGUGGCAGCGUGGGUGCUCGUCGUCGGAUUCGGCUUCGGCGGCUGGGCCAGCACCGUCAACUUCGUCCGCCAGGUCAACACCUUCGGACUCUUCACCAAGUGCUACCAGUGCCCUCCUAGGCACUAAUUAACUACCUAGCUUUAAUCUUCUUCCUAUAUAACUAAAGUAGCAAACCGAAGUUGAAAGAUUAAUUAUUGGAUGCGUGCAUGCGUUCUUCUUGAGAUCAAGGAGAAACUUUAGUUUAUCUCACAAAGAAAAUAUAAAAAAUACAAAUCAGAGCUUGUUUUGAAUUUUGAUCUUGUCUGCUGUGUUUUCGUGUGUCAUGUUUGUAAUUAUCAGUUCAUGAGAGUUGUAUGUAUGUAUCUCAUGAUGAUAUAUCAAUCUCUGAAUUAGUGCA